AUAUAAGUCCGAACUCGGGCUCUUCCUCGUAGCGCCGCUUAGGACAGUUGAUCGGCGAGGUUGUGUGGUAGUUUUUGUACUACUCGAGACCUGGGCACUGCGAGCUGAAAGAGCUAAGCACGCGGGCCAGUCGUCAUGUCGCGUUACGGGCGGUACGGAGGAGAGACCAAGGUAUAUGUUGGUAAUCUGGGAACUGGUGCUGGCAAAGGAGAGUUAGAAAGGGCUUUCAGUUAUUAUGGUCCCUUAAGAACUGUGUGGAUUGCAAGAAAUCCUCCAGGAUUUGCCUUUGUGGAAUUUGAAGAUCCCAGAGAUGCAGAAGAUGCAGUGCGAGGACUGGAUGGGAAGGUGAUCUGUGGUUCUCGAGUGAGAGUUGAGCUAUCAACAGGCAUGCCUCGACGAUCUCGUUUUGAUAGACCACCUGCCCGACGUCCCUUUGAUCCCAAUGAUAGAUGUUAUGAGUGUGGAGAAAAGGGACAUUAUGCUUAUGAUUGUCAUCGUUAUAGCCGACGCAGAAGAAGCAGGUCAAGGUCUAGAUCACAUUCGAGAUCCAGGGGAAGGCGAUACUCGCGCUCACGGAGCAGGAGCAGAGGACGCAGGUCAAGAUCAGCAUCUCUUCGAAGAUCAAGAUCUGUAUCUCUUCGACGAUCGAGAUCGGCUUCACUCAGAAGAUCUAGGUCUGGCUCUGUAAAAGGAUCGAGGUAUUUCCAAUCUCGGUCAAGGUCAAGAUCAAGAUCCAGGUCUCUUUCACGACCAAGAAGCAGCCGAUCAAAGUCCAGAUCACCAUCUCCAAAAAGAAGUCGCUCGCCAUCAGGAAGUCCACGCAGAAGUGCAAGUCCUGAAAGAAUGGACUGAAGUUCUCAAGUUCAGCUUUUAAGGAAAAGUUAUUUUGUUUACAUUGUUAUAAGGGAUUUGUGAUGUCUGUAAAGUGUAACCUAGGAGGAGGGUAUUUCAACCAUUGAACCAAAAUGGAUCUGGAUUAUUACUCUGUAACUUCACAGCAGUAAGAUAAUGUACAUUUUUGUUGAAUGUAUUAACAUCCUAUGAUCUGAAAAUGUGGGGUUUUUUUUGGCACAUUUAAAUAAAAUGUUUCUAACUAGAAUUUUGAUUUGUGUUUAAUACUAACUUUUCAAUUUGGGUAAACUUUAGGAGUCAAACUUGAUAAUUAACUAUAUUCCUCUAAAGUUUGUGUUUGUUAAGUCUUAGACAUCGUUAACUGUUCUAUACAUGUUUGUUGGCCAGGGUCUUAAGGGAUUUUGAAAAUUCCAUAUUACUCUUGAAGCUUGGGGAAGAUGAUCUGAUCUUGAGGUCCCCGUAAUAGCAUGAGUGCAUUAUGACAGGUCCCUAUGUUAAGAGUUAAUCUGUUUGAAGUUAGUGUUAGUAGAUAUCACACUAAUCUCAAUCUGUCGAACUAGAGGGACCACUGAUUGGCCUGUAAAUGAGUGUGAUAGGAACUAGGCAGAGAGCUUAUUGAAGUAAAUGUGGUAUAAGUAGUUGGACUUAAUACUGGAGAAACAAUCUGACUUCUGAAGGCUAUUGCAUAGUAACUAAAGACUUCAGGCUAUUAGGUGGGAUGGUGUCGAUUAGAACGCCCCAUGUUGGGGAAUUCAGUGUGCUUUCGUUUUCUUUGUUUUCAACAUUAUCAAACCAAUUUUAUGCUCUCCAAAAAUGCAUGUUUGAGCAGUUGUCUGAAUUUGGGACAAAACAUUUUCAUGUAAACCAGCUUUGCAAAAUUUUCCAGCCCAGAUACUCCUAUUCCUUCAAAUGGAUUGCCUUACUCUUGAGUAGAGAUCUGUUAAUUUCCAAGCUGUUUUUCAGUUCCCACCAACCAAUGUAAUUUCUCUUAUUUUGCCAGGCUGGUGUAAAGUGAUUUAAAGAUGUCAACUUCAAAUGUUAAUGUCAGACUAAAGCAAUUUUGUAAAUUUCAUCUAUAUUUAGCAAUAUCUCAUGUAGCUAAGUUUUUUGAUAACGUCUGAUAGAAUGUUAUAGCCAGUAGGUUCUUUAUUCAGACUUAUAAUCUUAUUUAGUAGGGUAGUAACAAUUACUUACGAAAGUUGCCUGGUCAAGCUUUUACCGAGUAUUCUCUAGUCUUUUUUUUUUUUUUUAAAAGAUCACCUCUUACCUGGUAUCAGUGCUGGUGGUACAGGUAUCUGCCCUUUCCAUUUUCUUACACUUUUCAGCAAAAUCAUUGAAUAGCAGUGCAGUUUGGGAAUGCUGGUCUGCUUCAAAUUUAUUUGAUCUGAGUGAUUGCACUAGUGCGUUGGAAAUUAUUUGGAUGUUUUGUGUUUAGAAUUUUGAUUUAACUGGCUGAAAUAUAUAUAUGGUUGGUAUAAAGCUGUGUGUAUAAUUGGCAGGCUUAUUUGUUGCACUUGGUUAGCUUUAAUCGUUCUGUAUAUAUAAAGAUGAGUUUACUCAACAAUAAAUCUUACAGAGAUUGAAAAAACAAUCCUAAUACUCAAUUUUUGGAGGUGGGAGUUUUGAGUCAAGAGUAGGAAUUAUUAAUCCUGUAGUUUUGGGAUAGACAAUCUAGUCAGCACCGGAGACAUUAGUAUGAAAGGCUAUAAAGGGUGUGGAGGAGCUGCAAAAAA